AUGGCGUUGGGAUUUUAUGAAGACACUUACUUAAAUUUCACUGAACUAACCAAUAAAUACGGAUACAGGUCAAAGGAACACACAGUGGCCACAGAAGACGGUUAUCUGUUGACCGUUUUCAGGAUACUCCCGCAAUGUAAUCGAAGACAAAGAUUUCCUGUUAUUCUAGCACAUGGCAUAUAUGAUAGUUCCGACGCGUGGAUAAUCACCGGUCCAAAAACAGGACUUGGUUACAUUUUGUCAAACAACUGUUACGACGUUUGGGCUGCUAAUCUCAGGGGUAACGUUUACUCACGAAAGCAUAUACGACUAGACCCAAAUAAGGAUUCAGACUAUUGGGAAUUUUCAUUCGAUGAAAUUGGUCGUUUCGAUUUACCAGCUAUAAUUGACUACGUAUUAGGUGUAACAAAGCAAUCGAAAACCUAUUACGUCGGUCACUCUCAAGGUACGACUGACUUUUUCGUGAUGGGAUCACUGAGACCUGAAUACAAUAACAAAAUCCAACUCUCUGUUCAAUUAGCUCCAGUCGCGUGGAUGAAAAACUUGAGGGGUGUGAUACCAAAAAUAAUCGCUCGCCAAACGAAGAACAUCAAAGAUUUUCUUUAUGCUGCAGGAUUCAGAGAGUUGUUUGCUAAGCAACAGUUUAUACAUGCUAUAUCAGAAAUACUAUGUCAAUAUUUUCCGCAAGAAGUCUGCGGUACGGCAUUAACUUUGACAACAGGUUACAUUCGAGGAAGCAUAACAUCGAAGAAUUUGGCAGUCGUUAUUGGUCAUAUUUUAGUCGGUGUGUCAGUUAAAACGCUAGCUCAUUUUGGUCAAUUAAUUAUAUCAGAAAAAUUCCAACGUUUCGAUGAAGGUAAAGAAAUCAAUAUCAAAACGUAUGGCACAGUAAUACCACCGCAAUAUAACGUAUCUCUAAUCACAUCUCCUGUAGUACUGGUUUGCGCUGAAAACGAUUGGCUGUCGAGUCUAAGAGAUAUCAAUAUUUUGAAUUCAAGAUUACCCAACGUAGUUGAAAAGUAUAUAGUUCCUGAGCCUACGUGGAGUCACAACAAUUAUGAGUGGGGCAUUAAUGCGACGGAAUAUGUUUUUGACAGGAUUUUAAAUUAUUUCGAAAAAUUUAACACUUGA